AUGGCUUCAACCCUUACCCCCAACUUCUGCUGUUCACACAUUACUCCUUAUCGGCCACAAAUUUUGGAUCAGGAGAGCAAAUUCAACGAAUUCCUAAAAUGGGCUCACUUGACCAUUACGAGCGAAUUCUCCUCUGAUUACGAUCCUUCAUCGCCCGUACCCGAAUAUGCAGUACAGCUGAUAAAGCAAGUGAACUACGGCCCGUUGGAGAGCAGAAGGUACUUCAUUCCACGCCGAGAUCUCUGUAAAGUGGAAUUCAUUGAAGUUGGUGAGCAGUGGCUCAUUGAUAAUAAUUUUGAGAAGUUGAACUCUAAUUACAAGAACUUUAGGUGCACCCUGCACAACAAAUUCUUCGAACUUAAUCUGUACCAAAAAGAUCCUGUCAAUACUCACCAUUGGAGGGCUAAUGUUGCAAGGCCAUCAAAUGAAAUCGAUCUAAGGAUUGCAUGCUAUGUCUAA